CGGCCCUUUUUUGACAAUAGUCGUUUACGUCAGUUUGACAGCAUCGAGUUUAGCGGAAACAAGAUUUGUAGUUGAUGAAUCUCUGCUUCCUCAAUUUUUUAAAUGGAUUCGAACAUUCUUUCAACUAAAACUCAGAAGCUGCAACCAGAGGAUCUAGCUCGUUAUUUAGAAAAAAUUAAAAUUGUGGAUGGAGUUGAUCCGUACUGCAUGCGAUUCGACGCCGAGAUGCUACCACUAACAGUGGAUUACGACAAGAUAUUUGCUUAUUUAAUUAGCAAAUUAUCAUUCAGAAGUGGAGCUCCUCAUAAAAAUGUCAAAUCAUUGGACGCCUACAAAACUUUCCAAUCCGGAUUCGUUAGGGAAGUGAAAGGAUAUAAGCAUAAUCAGGUGUUCGUCGUUUUUGGAAAGGUGCUACACAGUAUGAGUGUUGGUGAAGCUCCGGCAGAAUGUUGGAUCAUAGUGAAUGAUAACGAUUCCGAAGAACAAGCACUAGGAACAGUUUUAGCGGCCCACUGUGAUUGUACUGCAGGCGCUGGAGAAACUUGUUCGCACGUUUCGGCUAUUCUGUAUGCUUUAUCGUAUGCCAGAGAAAUAUGUUUGGGAAAGCAUUUAUCUGUGACGGAAUUGCCUUCAUAUUGGAUUGCUCCAGCGGGGGCUAGCGCAAACGCCGAUUUGUAUAAGCCAAUUGAAACAGUCGACUUUGGCAGAAAACGAUUAACAACUUGUGAUUUGCGCGAUGCUCCAUUGGACAGAACCGAGGAAGAGUACAAAAAACUGAUCGAUAAUAUUGUUCAAACGGGACAACAUGUGGCGGCCAGUGGUGCAUUCUUUCUAAGAACUGACAUUAACGUAGAAGAAAUUGAAAUCAUUCGAUGUAGAGAGCGUCUGGAAUCGUUGUCGUUACAGAGUCACUUCAACGACACAAACGUUGGUAAAUCGCUAGAGGAUUUAGUGUCACUAGGAAAAUCCAUAAACUGGACCAUCGAUGCCAGCGAUUGUUUUUCAAUCGAAGAAAUGACCAGAAAACAACAUGCUGAACCAUUGUGGUUUAAGCUGAGAUAUGGUAGAGUAACUGCAUCAAUUUUUCACCGCUGUACCAGAACCAGUCUCUAAUCCAUCGAAAUCGCUUCUGAAAUCAAUUAUAAUUCAAAAGGAAGGACAGAAUUUCCCAGCUACGCUGCAUGGCAAACGCAAUGAAAUGAA